CGAAUUCUACAAACUCCUCUCCUCUGAACUCCAAAAACCUCUUCGGAUUUCAACUGGGUAAAUCCACUACAACUUAUAUCCAACACUGAUACUUCUCUUUAUUCCUCUAGAAACUUGCGAUAAUAGGACUCUACACACCUUCACAACUCGGAACUUACACUCUCUGGAAUCCAUUGCGAUCAUGGCGGGAACUAAUGAAGUCGACUUUAGCCAUCUGAAAAGCAAGGCUGGAUACUUGGGAGAUACAGGCCUACACAUAAUUGAUCUUCUAGUGUCUUCACUGGAACUAUUACACACGACAAGGCCGAUAAAAACGGCUGGUCAUUUUGUUAGGGCCUUGGUCAAAUACUCGUCUCCAGAGACAUCGGGACUACAGGCAGAAGAUUUUGUAUGGCAAUUUUGGGAAAGCCUCAUCGAUAUUGCAAGCCAAGUCCCACCUCAUACUUUAGUGCAAGACGUCCUUAUUAAGAUUGUGAUCUUGCUAGAGAAAAUUGGGGAACAAAAAAAGGCCGAUACUCAAAUGUGGAAAAACCUACCUGAUAUAAGUAUCGCAAUGAGAGACAACUGGAAUCGUAUUCCAACGCUGAAGCCUAACCCCAACGAUGGUUUAAUCUUCACAGAAUCUGAGUGGCUGAACCUCAAUUCUUUCAUCGCUAGACUCCAUCGCGAGCAAAAGAGAUGGGGAAAAUACCUGAUCUGGGAACUCCGAAACGGACUGGAGACCCCAUUGACCCCUAUCCAAGACAUACCAACCGCAGAGACCAGAAUUCGAGUUGCGACCGAGUGGAUAUUUGAGAGUUCCCGUUGUAUCCUCAAUGACUCGCUGCUCCAUACCUUUUCGGAUUAUCCCGAAGGCCCGGACACGGGUCGUCCGUACCGUGGCGGGCCAUUAUAUUCUGGUGUGAGUGGCUACAGUCUUGAGCGAUGGUGUUUCUGGAAGCGUCGACUCGCGGAAAUAAAAACCGAGGUUAAUGAGAACCUACAUUCGGCGAUUGAUAAGGCAAUAAAAACUAUGACACGGGCUGAGAAGAAGCUGGGAAGACAGCUUGAAUCUUCAGCUGAUCUAACCGACUCAGAAGUCGAGUCGGAAAUCGAAUGGGAACCCGAAGUUAGUUCCGGAUCUAGUAUUGACGAUCCCAAAAGUGAAGAUCACGUAGAGGUUGACAACACAAUAGACGAGGGUGAUCUAUCUAACGAUACUAUUUUGGAGAAGGGUCACGCAGAGGAGAGCGAUCAUGCGAAAUGUGAUGAUCCCUCCGAAUAAGAGGACCAUCAUAUAUCUCGAUAAUUAGGGGAUAACUAGAACUACGAGGGCAGGAUAUAAGGGUUCGGUGUCUUUAUGGUGGCUCUAGCAAAUUCCUGUUUUGAUUUGCUUGCUCAUCUAGCAAUCUAAAUGGCCAGACACGCCCAAAUGCCGGCAAUACAAACCGCAGCGUUCUUAUUCCUACCCGACCAGCUAGAACUAUUUGACGGUGGCUACAGUCCAAAUGAACUACAAUUUAAUUGUUUUCUUCUCGUCAAAAUUCACCGUAUGGUCAUGAUAUAGCUUUUUCGUAUAAGACAUAUUCGAGUUGUGAUAUGGAAACGAAUCUAUUGGCAUAUCUACUUUGACGCGUGGCAAGUAAGAGGAAUAGGUAAGUAUCAGAUUAUGACUGAU